AUGCGACAUUCCUGUAUUGGAGAGUACGAAAAGGGUCAUACUUCACCUGAUAAAAGGCCUCGCAGAUGCCUCGCAACGUUGAACUCGACAUCUGGUCGCUUUUCCCGUGGUCAUGCCACGAAUGCGGGUGCCGAUACACCAAACCGCCCUCACCGUUACGAGUCGAUCAUGAACAGCCUGGCGCAAUUUACCCUCCUGACUGUCCUCUCUCGAGGGCGGUUUCAGGGCUAUGAAAAUCAGAUCUGGAACGGAUCGAGAGCUUCGCUGCCGAUCGUCUCGCCAGCGAAGUCGAAUGAUCGGCCAGUGAGCCAGCACGCCAGCGAGGAAAGGAGCGAGGGUCGAAAACAGAGCGAUAAUGGGACAUCUCGCCAUGGCCGCAGCAACUCAGCGGGCCCUGGUAGCAACCACAGCGGCGGAGACGAUGCUGGAUCUUAUCUGAAAGGCGAACUGUAUUCUGCCGUUCUACUGGCACAGUCCUUCGCCAUACUCGGGGAAAUUGGACUUGUAGGCUGCAGCGCCGUGGAAGAGACUGACGACGACGGGUUUGAGAGUUGGAACAGACUGCUCGAAUUCUGCCUCCUGCCGCUCCUGCUCUUCUUCAGCCUCUCGAUAUCGACGCUCCUCAUGCAUCUUGUUGGGUGCCUCAGCAUCACAUUUCACUUGAGCGUCCAGGCAGCCGGGUCACUAUUUGCGACAUUCUGUGGCGUUAUCGUCUUAGCCGCCUCCGUUGGUCUGGCAGGAGACAAGGAGCGCUCUUCUGCGUUCAAUGGAUUCAUUGCCGUUUUGUGUGGAUUUGGAGCCCUUUGGACGCUUUUCAUCAUUGGAUUCCUCCAGGCUAGUUGGGCCUGGCACCGAAGAGACUGUCUUCAAGAGGAUAUCAGAGCAUCGUCAGGAAGUGCUAAGGGCUACGGCACGACAUCAGGGGGGCUGGCUGUCGAGCAGGAGGGGCUGGACGACUUGCAGUAG